UUGCACAGUUCACUCUGGCAAAGAAAGGGAGUAACCAGGAGAAGGGAGCAGAGAAGCAGCAGGUGGAAGAGUCAGAGCAUAUGGAACAUUAAUAGAAGAGCAGACACUCACUGACUCACUUCUGUGAUUACAGGAGCCACAUGGAUCAGCUUCAUUAGGACAACCUUCUUCUUUCUAUGGAAUAUGGAAAUCAGAAGCUGUCAGAUAAACUUCAUUCUGUGCCUUAUUAUCAGGGAAGAUGGUUUGCAUUAUCCAUGUCUUCUGUCUCAGUUUUUAGCCAAGUGUUCGAUCUGAAUGAUGAGACCUUCAUUGCCCACAUAAACCAGCAAGUUACUCUAAAUUGCUCCGUUUUAACGGCAGAGGACUGGAAACAAAACAAGGUACAAGUAAUUUGGUUUAAAAACUUCACGGAGAAGAUAUUAGACUGUGUGGUGGAUAAGGGGAAGACCACCAAGUGCCAGUAUGGGUCUGGAUCAUCUAGAGCUCAACUCUCCACUAAAAUCAUGGAAGGGAAUGCUGCACUUGAAUUCACCAAUGUCCAGGAAUCAGAUGGUGGGACGUACCAGUGCUGGGUGAUCUUCCCUCAGUUCUACAAAAAGAAAUACAUUGAGCUGCACAUACAGGGUGAAGUAAAGGAUGCCUCAGCAGUAGGUGAAUCUACUGGCAUGAGGUUUACAGACACAAUGGAAACCAAUUCUUCAUGGGACGUAAUGCUAAAGAGUGGAUGGUUUAUUGCCUUUGUACUGGCUGGAGCCAUCAUUUUGCAGAGAUACCGUAUGAGGAAUAAAAGGUUGAGAUACAAUAAUCUUAUUUUAUGAACUUCAUGUGAACAUGAUUCUAAGGAGAUGUGCCUCUGAGAUCUUACAUCUUCAUGGUUACAUUUAGAUUUUGUAUUGGCCAUGCCACUAUGACCAUUCAUAGCCAACUGUUCCAAGAAAACCUGAGUGAAUGACUGAUACAGUUCAUGAUGAACACAACGUUACUUGGAGAACAUUUUAAACUUGGUGGGCAUGUGUCUUUUUUAUGAUCAUCUACUACCUAAAUAAAUAGUAGUUAUUUUUUAAGGCUUAAAUGUGUGGAACUGACCCCCAAUUAGGUCCAAAUUAAUGAGAGUCGCAUCCUGAAGGUCAGUUAAAAAGAGAAUUAGGAUGGAUGCUGUAUUCUUGAAUUUGCAUAGGACUAUAAGUGCUUGGCUUUGAUAUAUAGUAAGAAGAGAGCACUCAGUAAGCAGCAAUCUGCUGUGGUUGUAUUUUUAUAAGACUACUUAGAUACACAACAUAUUGUAGGUCUUAUGUACCCUUUCUCAAGUGUAAACAGAACGUGACAAGCUUAAUAAACCUUCCCUUCCAUCCCCCCAAGGCUCCAAGUGGAUAAUUAACUAGGAAGGUGUGACCAAGUAUCAAGUCCAUCACAUAGGGAAAUUGUCCAAUCCAAUUGAAGAAAGUCGGAAGUCCAUGAAAUAGCUUCCAAUUCAAAAAAAUAUCCAUAGUGUCUAUAUAAAACCAAUUGUCCACAUUAAUUGUGCCGUAAACCAUCAGUGUCCACAUAAUACAUAUUGAUCCUAUCAUCUAUCAUAUCUAUCACUUUGAAAGAAGUACUAGAAACUCUGCGUAUUUGCUUUAAAAUUUGUAAUGUACCCUUUGUGUUCCUGGAUUCUGUUCUUGACCUCUCUUUUGGUCUGACCAACAUACCCCAUACCGCACGAGCAUUUUAAUAGAUACACAAC